AUGGAGCACGCUCCCGCGGAACCGUCUGCCUUCGAGAGCCUGCUGUCCUGCAGCCCGGCCCUCCUCAACGCCCUGCCGAAGGAGUCACUGUACGACGUGGCGGCGACGUCGUGGAGCGCGCUGGAGGCUGCGCUGAGGCACACAGCCAUCGACCUGCAGGUGAGCAGCGAGGGGGCGCUGCUCGACGGCAUCGCGCGGCGCAUUUCGCCCGGGACGCCCGCGGCCGGGACCUUGUACGCGAAGCUGCAUGCCCGAUCGCGCAGUCUGGUGGUGGGCGUGCCGCCGGACGAGGCGGGCGUCCUGGCGGCGACUCUGGCGCGGUGCCAGGCGGUGCGAGAGCAAGAAAGCGAGCUGGACCCCGCGGAGGUGCUGGAAGCAGUGUUGCACGCGUCGGAGGAGCUGGGGACGCCGCUGCGGCUGCGCGCCGUGAAGAACAGCAAGCCUUCGCCGCGGAGAUGGCGCUGCGCACGUGUCGAGAUCACAACGCCGCCGGCGACGGCGCGGCUUCAGGCGGUGCUGGAUCGCCCCGUGGUGCAGCGCCACCUGCGGGAGCUGCGGUGGGCGGACUGGGGCCGUGACGAGGACAUCUUCGAGACGGCCGUGCGGUGGGUGUCGGCGCUGCAGGGCCUGAGAGUCCUGGAAUGCAAGCACCCCAUCUCUGAGGACGACGGGAGCGACGACGACGAGGAGGACGACGACGACGACGAAACUCACCCAGGGGAGUACUGUGCGACAGCGACGGGCGCACUGGCCUUCGCGGCGGCGAUCCGGGGCGACACGUCGGCUCUCACGGACCUGCGGGUGCGAACGCGCGACGGAGGCCUGCCGUUGCGGCGGCUGUGCGAGGGCGUCGCGCACAACGAGACCAUCAGGACUCUUGAACUGGGCCUCAUCGACGUCGGCGAGUGGGCCGAGAGCGACGACUGUGCGAAUGCACCCGUCGUCGAUGGCGAGCUCGCGGCGCAAGAACAUCCGCUGCAGAAGCUGCUGUCGACAAACACCACGUUGCGCAAACUCGAAGUGCACGCCGGGCACCCCUUCGAACGGCGCGGCGGCGCAUUCGAGCCGGAUGCGUGGGACAGGCAUGUCUGCGGGGAGGCCUACACAGCGUUCUUUGCAGCUCUCGGCAGGGGCUUGGCAACGAAUACGUCGCUCCAGGAGCUGCAGAUCAUGACCUCGCCGCUCCUCGACUGCGGCCCCGAGAUGGGCGCGUUCUUCGACGGCCUGGCGCGGAACACAUCGCUGCGGGGACUCGUCAUGAGUGACAGGGCGUCCGGGGACGCGAUCGGUGAGCUGGCAUCGGCGCUGCGGAGAUGCAGGCUGGAGCGGCUGCAGAUCACCGUGGACCUUCAAGACGAGCAGUUCGGGGCGGUCGCGGACGCGCUGGCGGCCAACUCGCACGUCGAGGAGCUCAGGUUGCUUCCCGACGUUCCUCGGGGGGGUUCUGACGUGACUGCAACUGUCAAGCUCGCGAGGGCCAUUCGCGAGGGGGCGCUGGGGCGUACUCUGCGCGAACUCUCGCUGUCGCUAGUGUGCCCUGCCCUUGAAGUCUUCAGGCCUCUGUGCGACGCGCUGGGGAGCAGCAAGGUGCUGCAGAGCCUUGAUGUGGAGCUCAAGGGAACCGUGCACGGCGAGCACAGCACGGGGCUCCUGGCAAGCGUUGCGAGCAUGAUCGACAGGAGCCAGUCGCUCAAGAGGCUUCGCGCGCGUGGUUUGGACUUCCGUCAAACUUUGAGCCCGUUAGCGGCUGAGGCGGUGAAUCAGCUGGCAGCCGGGCUGUCGGGCAACGCUGUCCUGGAGCACCUGGUCCUGGACGACUGCGUUGAGGUCGCGGUCGCGACUCGCGUCGUGGAUGCGCUCGGUCCGCGCUCCGCGCUACGCCACCUUCACUUGACGUCGUGCAGUGCACAUAACCCAAGAGGAGACGAGGGCGACGGCCUCGCGAGAGCUUUUGCCCGGGCGUUCGACCGCGGCGUGCCGCUCGCGGGAGUGGACAUCUGGUCCGUGCAUUGCUUUGUCCGAGCAGAGGCCUGCAAAACGCUGCUCGCUGCCGCAGCGCGCAGCGAGUGUCUGGGGGUGUGCGAGGUCCGCGUGAGGACCGUCCGGCGCGAGGAGAAGGCACUGAUGGCAUGGUACCAGGCGCAGGUGGACGCGAGGAAGGUGCGUUUCAGGGCGGACGCGUUGACGGGUGCAACUGUUGACAAGAACUGA